AUGAAACCUACUGUUCGUCCUCUUAAUCUUUUCCUUUCCGAAGCUCGUGCAUAUAAGAUUAUUAAAACAGCUCUUAUUCCACUUAUAAAAGCUCAAAGAGAGAAUAAAGACUCUAAAAGAAGAUCAAUUUUCUUAGAAUUAAUUACAACAGAAAGGAACUUUGUGGAAGGUCUCAAUUCGCUUGAUGACAUUUAUUACCGUCCAUUAAAUCAGUCAAUAAAUUCGAAAAAGCCAUUAAUUGAUGCAGGUUCUUUAACCUCACUCUUCGGUAACAUUGAUCAGAUUCGCGAUGCCCAUGAAAAUGGUAUUCUCAAGGCAAUGGAUGAAGUUCUGCCAGAUCUUAAAAAGCCUUUCCCACCAAAAGAGAAAUAUAUCUACCUUGCUACUAAAAUUUUGGAAAUCUACCCAAGAAUGAGCACUCUCUACAGAUCAUACCUCCAAACCAAUGAUGGAAGCGAAGCUCUUUUAGAUAAAUGCAACAAGAAUAAAGCAUUUCGUGAAUUUAUGUCACAAUGCUUGUUCAAUCCACGCGCCAAGUGCCGAUCAAUCGAGGACUUCCUCAUUCUCCCAGUUCAGCGCAUUGCUGGCUACAGAUGCUUAUACGAGCGCAUUCUUAAGUAUUUCCCUGAAUCGAUGGAAGAAGAACAUCGCAUAUAUAAGGACGUUCUUGAUAAAGUUGUUGCUCUUGGAGCUACAAUGAACAAAGAAAAGAUCAACGAAAAAGAUCAAGAAGCCUUACUUAAUAUUGCGGAAUGCGUUACAAAGAAGCCAACAUUCCUCGCCAUCAUGAAGCCAGGCCGUAAAUUGCUUGGACAAGUCUCAACCAAAUAUUUGGAUCAACAAACAGGAAAAGUUAACAACGAAGGCUCAAUUCACGUAUUCACCGAUAUUUUGCUUCUUUCUACAUCUACAAUAUCCGGAAUCUUCGGAACAAUGAAAUCAUUGUACGUAGAUGCAAUCCCAAUCCAACAAAUUCGUUUCCAGGCAACAAUAUUUAACGAUUACGCCGAAAAAGCCUUCGUUUUACGUACUGAUACCCACGAAUACAAUCUUAUGCUGAAGACAACGAAGAAACGCGAUGAAUUUAUCCAUUUCGUUAAGAAACAGAAAAAGAAAAUCUCAUCCCGAGUCAAAGAACAGUCAAAGAACGGCCAAACUCACAUGCAGAGCUUAUUGAACGAACUUGCUGAUCUUUACUCGAAUCCUCAACAGAUGAGAACAAGAUCUCAAGCUUUGAAUGCAUUGUAA